GUGAGAAGAAAAAAAGCUCCUUUGACGUCAGCCACGUUAGAUUUCAGUAGUCCAAGAUGGCGGAGGUGAGCGGGUUGAGGAGCCGAAAUCACUUCGAGCCCAGCUGUAAAAGCCGAGUCGUUGACGAAGGCUUGAGUGGUGUGGAAGAUGUCCCCAUUUUUCGGCAUAAGCAGAGGCCUCCUUUAGCCAUGUCCGAAGACCUGGAGGAUGAAUUGCUCCCCAGCACUAGAUCCUCAAACUCGGGCAAAAAUGCCAGCCUCGCCCCCUCAACAGUUGAAGAGACUCGGGAAGAAGAGGAUGUGGUAGAGGAAGAGAAGGCCAGGCCCAUCCAGAUUGUCCUGGCCAACGAGGAGGAGCACAGCUUUGAGCUGGACGCUGCAGCGCUGGAGAGGAUCCUGCUGCAGGAUCACGUCAAGGACCUGAAUGUGGUGGUCGUGUCCGUGGCCGGGGCCUUCCGCAAGGGCAAGUCCUUCCUGCUGGACUUCAUGCUGCGCUACAUGCACAGCCAGGGCAAGCCGUGGAUGGGAGGGGAUGAUGAGCCCCUGACAGGGUUUACCUGGAGAGGAGGCUGCGAGAGGGAGACAACGGGAAUUCAGAUCUGGAGCGAAGUCUUUGUGGUCGACAAGCCUGAUGGCAGCAAGGUCGCGGUGCUCCUCGUUGACACUCAGGGAGCCUUUGACAGCCAGUCCACCAUAAAGGACUGUGCUACUGUGUUCGCCCUCAGCACAAUGACCAGCUCUGUACAGGUGUACAAUCUGUCCCAGAACAUACAGGAAGAUGACCUGCAGCAUUUGCAGCUCUUCACAGAAUAUGGCCGGCUGGCAAUGGAAGAGAUCUACCUGAAACCUUUCCAGUCCCUGAUGUUUCUGAUUCGGGACUGGUGUUAUCCUUAUGAACACGCCUACGGACUGGAAGGAGGCAACAACUUCCUAAACAAAAGACUACAGGUGAAACAGAACCAACACGAAGAGCUGCAGAAUGUCAGGAAGCACAUCCACUCCUGCUUCUCCAACAUCGGCUGCUUCCUGCUGCCACAUCCGGGCCUCAAGGUGGCCACCAACCCUUACUUUGACGGCAGGCUGAAAGACAUCGAUGAUGAUUUUAAGAGUGCGCUGGCCAAACUGGUGCCUCUCCUCCUGGCCCCAGACCGACUGGUGGAGAAGGAGAUUGGAGGGAACAAAGUCACCUGCAGAGAUCUCCUGGAGUACUUCAAGGCUUACAUAAAGAUCUACCAAGGGGAGGAACUGCCUCACCCAAAGUCCAUGCUGCAGGCGACAGCAGAAGCCAACAACUUGACUGCUGUGGCGGGAGCCAAAGACCUGUACGGCAAGAAAAUGGAACUGGUCUGCGGUGGGGACAAGCCAUACAUUGCGCCGGCCGACCUGGAGCGCUUCCACGAGGAGUUUCGCGAGCACUCGGUGCAUUACUUCCGCUCCGUGAAGAAAAUGGGCGGCGAGGAGUUCUGCCAGCGCUACCAGAGCCAGCUGGAGUCCGAGCUGGACGAGACCUACACCAACUUCUCCAAGCACAACGACGGCAAAAACAUCUUCUACACAGCACGCACACCUGCCACGCUUUUCGCAGUCAUGUUUGCCACCUACGUGGUGUCCGGUGUGACGGGCUUCAUCGGGCUGAGCACCCUAGCGGUGCUGUCUAACCUGGUCAUGGGCGUGGCGCUGCUUUCGCUCUGCGCCUGGGCGUAUGUGAAGUAUUCCGGAGAGUUUCGGGAGUUGGGAACGAUGAUAGAUCUGGUGGCCGAGACGCUCUGGGAACAGGUUUUGAAGCCACUAAGUGAACAUUAUAUGGAAGACAACGUCCGACAGACGGUGGUUAACUCCCUCAAAGCCAGCUUGACAGAGCAGAGCUCACAGCACACCAAGUUAAAGACUCACUGAUGCUCUUCCCCACCCCCUCUCCCCCAUCAUGUUCAUCACCCCCCUGCCCACUCGCUCAAUGUGUUCAAUCCUAGAACAGUGAAACUAGUCCAACACCAAAGCUGACCCUCUUUUAUCCCCCUCCAAACGUCCAUCAUCACACCAUCGCUGCCCCAAUAUUUGCUGUUGUGGACCUGUAGGCUCGCCGUCUGCCCUGCUCUUCAUCGCCCCCUAGUGCCUCAGAGCAGAAACUGCAGCUUCAUGAGAGGGCCGAGCAGACGAGCCGGUGGCGACGCCUCUUGCCAAAACGGGACCUAAAGGACGGUCAUCUUCUCCAGUGUGCCAUGCUGUGAUAGAUGUGUCUUGUGUUGUAGACUCACACACACACACACACACACACACACACACACACACACACACACACAAAACACACACACACACACACACAAAAACACAAACACACACACACUUGCUGGUAGCAGAUUGCACUCGCUUCAGGAUUGAGCUGUAAUUCAGGGAAAACUGACACCGCCGUAGGCAACUGUUGUCAACAAUGGAUGCAAACUGAAAACACGUUUCUGUGCAUUAGUCGUUUUGUCUUACAGGCCAGAGCUCAGUUUACUUUCUCUUCAGCCUGUUUAUUAACGUUUCCUACAAGCACAAGUGAUAAUCGACUAAUAAUGAGGUGAUUUGUCGUGCUCGUGUCUUUUGUUAUUUCAGUGAAAUCAGGAAUACGAUUGUAUUGAUUCUACUGAAGUGGGAGUAAAUCGAAAACCCCGUCACGGACAAGCUGGAGAGUUUUUUGUUGUUUUUUUUGUUUUUUUUUAAUAACCGUCACGGUUCCAGUCUGUCCUGGUGAAUUGAUCCGUCUUCUUCUACAAAUCUGAACUGAACUGGAAAUGAAUCUGUAUGAACUUCUUCUGACACCACUAGUUCACCUGGCUGUCUCCCGUUCAUUUAGAUUCUCACACUUUAAGUUUGGAAGGCGCGUUAGCCAGGUGGCAUAUUAUCAAACUCUGGGCUCAGGUUGCUUCUACACAUCUGUACGUCUUUUUGUCUUUCCCUUUUUAAUAUUUUGUGAUUUUGUAAUCCUGAAGAGAACUAUAGGAAGCCUCGAGCCUCUCAGCUGAUUUUUUUUGUGACAUGUUUUUAAUUUUAGGACUGACGUGUUUUAUCGGGCCUUUGGCGUCUCGUAGCGGACCUGCCAGUGUUUGGCCCUCUGCAUGCUGUUAAGAGCUACUGCGUUGUAGCAUUAAGCUAGCUAAGAACCUUUUUAGAGUCCAGGCCUCUGUAGUCAGGUCGCCGGGGAGGGCUGUCUGUCAUUUUGAACCAUUUUCACUUUCACCGCCUUUCAUGAAGGCCACACUAGCCCUGGAUGUUUCCCCUCACGUUUUUAGGUUCUCAAUUCUUUCCUUACGGAGCCUUCUUUCACUUUUGGGGAGUUAGAGAUAUAGUGUUUUUUUUUUUUUUUUUUUUUUUUUUUAAGCUUAAACUCCUAUUACACCUUUUUAGGAAUAGUUUGACAUUUUGGAAAAUAUGCCUAUUUGCUUUCUUGAGUACGUGUUGGUGGUGCUACUCCAUAGAAACGAGAGCAGUAUAAAUCUUCUCAUCAAACUCUCAGCAAAACUGAAUUAGCAAAUCUCCCAAAACGGUUUCUUUAACUGACCAGAAAUGAUUGUAUCUACUGCCUUUUUGCCCCUCCUUCUCUAGAGUUGGAUACAUCGAAGUCACUCUGUUGACCAUUUCUCCGUCAGAGCUGGGUCUGCCGAAAACAGCUUGAUAAAAUGUGGUUACUCUACAAUAGAGACCUGACGUAAUGUUAUUUAAUCAACUGAACCCCCCUUUUUAUAUUUCUCACAGCUGCUCUUUUUUGUCUGAGCUCUUUUUUUUUUUUUUUUUUUCUUUUUUUUUAUUGAUUCCAUCCACAUUUCUCACCUCAAUCGCCAGUCUCAUACUAUACAGCCUCUCUCUCUCUCUUUCUGUGUUCACAUAUUACAAAUUGGGCAUGUAUGUUGCAUUAAAUAUUUAAAUAAACUUUGUAUACAUUUUAUAGUGAAUCCGUUGACAAUGGCUGUAUGUUUUUCGAUCAACUUAACAGUCUGGUUUGUUUAAGAAUAAGUUGCUGCUUUAGGGUUUACACUAGUCUAUCUGCUUUUCAUGAGGACGGACGUUAAUAGAAACGUGGUGUGAAUAUUUGGAUUCUGAUAUGAAAAUCAUUUGAUUGUGACGAGUGGGUUGGAGACAAUGUGUGUCUGCCUUUUAAAGAUAUCUCCGGUAAUUUAUUUUUGAAUAAAAUGUUUACCUUAAGAAUAAA